AUGGCAUCGACAGACGACAAAACCAUCCACCUAGUAGGCAUCGGCGUCGGCCACUCAAUCGCGCCCCCAAUGCACAACGCCAUCGCGAAAUCCCUCUCUCUCCCCUGGACCUUCCACGCCACCGAAUGCAACACGAUCGAAGACCUCGUCCUCCUGGCACGCAAAGACUCAACGGCAGGCCUCGUCGUCACGAUGCCCUAUAAAAAUACAGUCAUGCCCCGGCUCGAUGCCCUAGACCCCCUCGCCACCACCAUUGGCGCCUGCAACAACGUCUACCGCGACCCGUCGAACCCGGCGAGGCUGAGGGGGACGAACACGGAUUGGCUGGGUGUAAAGGGGUGUCUUCUAGAAAAGGGCGAAGGGCGGGGUCCGGUAGAGGGAAAGCCUGCGUUGAUUGUGGGCGCUGGCGGCGCGAGUCGUGCUGCGGUGUAUGCUCUGCAUACAUACUUCAAGGCCUCUGUGAUCUAUGUUCUGAACAGAGAUGAUGGAGAAGUGUCCGAUCUUCAGCGCGAUGCUCAACGUCUGUCUCCCGCUCCCAAGAUUGUUCAUGUCAAAGAAGGGGAGUCGAAGACGCUGGAGACACCGUACUACGUGGUCGGAACGGUCCCCGAUUUUGAACCUACAUCGGCGUCUGAGUUGGCGGUAAGAGCAUCUCUAGAGGACUUCCUUUCACGGCCAGAGAAGGGGGUCUUGUUGGAUAUGUGCUUCAAGCCGCGGCGGACGAGGAUGAUCAAACUAGCGGAGAGCCUUGGGUGGCCCUCGGUAGAGGGGACGCAUGUUAUUGGGUACCAGAUCGAGGAGCAGUGGAAGCUUUGGGCCGGAGAGGAGAGAGUGAAAAAACUUGACAAGGACGCAGCGUGGAAGGUUCUAUUGGAGGCGGCUGACAAUAGUCCGGGGAUCAACUUCUAA